AUGACGUCUGCGCCGCAGCCCUCGGGCCUCUUCGACCCGGCGCCCCGGCCCACGGCGGCGGGGGACGGACGCCCGCCCGCGGCAGCCGCGCCCUCGUUCGUCCUCGCCGGCGACCCCGAGGGCCUCGCAGGCGCGUUCCUCCGCGUCGUCCACCAGGCGCUCGUCCUCGGGCGGCUCGAGGCCCUCCUCGACGGCCCCCCGCCCGCCGGAGACGCCCCGCAGCUCUGGGCCGGGCUCCUCCGCGCCGCGCUCGCCGGGGCGGGGACGCUCGACCUGGGGCCUCUUGCCGCGCAGCUCGGGCCGCUCCCAGACCCCGGGGCGCUCCCGGCGCUCGUCCGCUCCCUCCCGGCCCCCGUCUGCGCCGCGCUCUUCGGGCUCCCCGGGCCCUGCCCCGCGUGCGGCGCGCCCUCCCAGCCCGGGGCGAGCGCCGUCCUCGCGCCCGGAGAGGCCCUCGCCGCAGGGGCCCGGCGGGUCGGCCUCCGCUGCGAGAGCUGCACCCGCCCAGACGCCCUCCCGCUCGCCCGGCCGCCCCUCCUCCGCGCCGUCGCCGUCCCCCCGGGCUUCGCGGGCCCCGUCCCCCUCCGGCUCCCCGGCGACCUCUUCCUCGGGGCCGUCGUCACCCGCGCCCGCGCCGGCCACGCGCUCUCGGUCUUCGUCAACCCCGCCUUCGCCCAGGGCCGGAGCGACCUCGUCCGGGACCGCCGCUUCGUCCUCUACGCGCCCCCGGCCGCCGAGCUCCGCGCCCAGCCCGGGAGCCGCGCCGCCGAGCUCACGUACCUCCGCUACCGGAAGGUCCAGGCGUACCUCGAGCGCCCCGCCGCCGCCCGCGAGGCCGCCUCCUUCGGGGCGCCCCGCUUCGUCUUCUACUUCGACGGAGACGUUCUGCACCCAGACAUUAGGAAGCGCUUUAAUGCGCUAGCCUCUGAUACUGACCUGAUUGCGAUUAAUCCAUCACUAUCUGCUCCACAUCAGCCUCCAACCCUUUCGCAGCCACACACGCUAUCCUCCCCCAAGGAGCCAGAAACUGUUGAUGUCACACUUAAAGUCGGUGGUGCUACCAAGCAAACUCUAGCUGAACAGCAGCACACUCUUGCCUCUCCGUCCCUAGAUUCGAGACCGCCUUUGAGUACACUUUCUUUGCACAAAUCUAGCCAACUAGUUGGUGAAUCGACUCCUUGGAAAGAAACCAAGACGAUCUUAUUGCGCCCAGACUUUGUUCAGGAAAGGAAAACAUCGUGUUCAGAUGAAUUUCGUGAGCACAUGGGCAUAUACAUUCUGAUUAUUGUUCUAGCAGUUAUAGUUCUUGUUCUCUUCAUCCUCGUGAUUGUUCUCUAUUCCAGAUUGAUUAAUUUGACUGUUCGCAAUCUACUUGUCACAAAUUUCACGGCAAUAGGUGUCCAGUCACGCUUAGACAUCCCCAACCCAGCGCAGUUCACGUGCCCAAGUGGGAUUCAAGACGUGAACGCAGUAAGAUACUGUGAGCAGAUGGCUCCUGAUGCAACCGUUGGCCUCUAUGCACCAACUGUUCGAACCGGUACAUUCAAUUCUAAGCAGUACAAUGUGACCAACCUCUACUAUUCUAAUAUCUUCCUUCUUAACUUUACUCAGAUAGCCCCUCUGAAUGUCUCCGAACUCAUAGCACAGAAUAUUAUGACAAAUGACGUCACAUAUAGUACAGAACUUGUCCAGGAAGGGACAGCAGAGUUCCGGACCGGCCAGGUUAGUGUCCAAGGCUUUAGAAGUGCAGAUUUCACCAACACAACGCUGAAUUUCAGUCUUACGAGCCUUUCUGCUCUUCAUGUGCGUGGCAUCUCCUCGCCAAGCUCUGUGACUCCGUCGACUAUAGGAACUGUCAAUGCCGGCAAACUAGUGUUGGCUCAAAAAGAUCCAAUCACUCCAAUCACCACCUUCAGUAUAAUAGGAGACGUCAAUGUGUCACGCCUCGUUGGAGGCUCUACAACAAUCGGACAGCAGGCACUAGAAUGGGUGUUUCAGAACGUAUCCGCUUCCAAGCUAGUUACCACACCCGUAACAACGACAGUCAAGACAAUCAAUGGAAUGGAUACUCCUGUCACAUUAGAUAUAAACCUCAAUGAUGCUUUGUCCGUGAAGACUCUCACUCUUCUUAAGUCGGGUACGUCGGCAUCGAUCCAAAUAUCUGCUGCAUUUACCAUCAGUAAGGCUUCUGUAUACAAUUGCACUACAGCCUUGCUGACAAUUCCUAGUGCCACAGCGACUCCGCCCAACACGGGAACUGGUUUGUAUAUCAAGAGCCUCUCUGAUAAACCGUUUCCUCAGAUAUCUGCUCUGGUUGUGGGGAAUAUUCGGAUUGACAAUGGGGGGAUAUGCAACGCCAAUGACCCUCCGGCAUCUACGACGCGGACAUGCAUGAUAUCAAGCGCAGGCAGCAGCAAUAUCGGGUCUAUGUCUGCCACGACAGUCACUUCUACUGGGCAGUUGAAGAGCUCUUUCUGCCAAUGCACAUGA